AAAAUCUGUAGAGUUAGCGAAGAUUCUCGAGAAAAGGAAGAUUAAUAUAGCUUGUGUAUAUGAGACUAGGUGGGCAGGAGAUAAGGCACGGGAUGUAGGCAGUUUCAAACUUUGGCAUUCUGGGAGGGUGGGGGGUAGGAACGGGGUAGGUAUCUUGGUUGAUAAGGACCUCCGGGAACUAGUGGUGGAGGUUAGGAGGGUGAAUGACAGGUUGAUGACUAUUAAGCUAGUUGUUGGAGGUUUUACUUUGAACAUAAUCAAUGCGUACGCACCCCAAGCAGGCUUGGAUGAGGAAGUCAAGAAGCGUUUUUAGGAGGAUUUGGAUGAGAUGGUGCGUGGUAUCCCGCAUACCGAGAAGCUUUUCAUAUGAGGAGAUUUCAACGGACACAUUAGAGCGAUGUCUGGGGGGUAUGAUGAUGUGCAUGGUGGCUUUGGUUUUGGAGAUAGAAACGGAGGAGGAACGUCUCUUCUGGACUUUGCUAGAGCAUUUGAUUUGGUGAUAGCAAACUCGAGUUUCCCGAAGAAGAGGGAGCACUUGGUCACCUUCCGGAGUUUGGUGGCCGAGACUCAGAUUAAUUAUUUACUCUGCAGGAAGUCCGAUAGAGGUCUUUGCACGGAUUGCAAGGUCAUCCCGAGUGAAAACCUCUCGGCCCUUCAUAGGCUCCUGGUCAUGGACCUUGAGAUCACGAGGAAGAGGGCGAUGCAUAGCCAACAUAGGAUCAAGUGGGGAGCCUUGACAGAAGUUAAAGCGCAGGAGUUGGGGUCAAGCUGGUGACUAUGAAGGCUUGGAGGAGUAGUGGGGACGCAAGCGCUAUGUGGACCACGACUGCGCAGUGCAUUAGGGAAGCCGCAGGUGAGGUAUUAGGGGUCUCAAAGGGUUACUCUGGUGGUCACAAGGGAGAUUGGUGGUGGAAUAGAGAAGUGCAAGGUAAAGUGAAAUCCAAGAAAGCAGCGUAUCUGAAGCUAGUGGAAAGUGUAGACGAGGAGGAGAAGAUGGCGAAUAGGGAGCAUUAUAAGUUGGCCCCACGAUGUGAGUUAAGACUGGCUUCAAAGUUCAAACAACUUGCAAAGAUGAGAAGAGGAAUAAGUUGAGGAGCAGCAGAUUCAACUGAUGCAGCAACAGAUUCAGUCAGGAGCAACAAUAUUCUUGAUAACAAUAAGCAGAUUUAGUCAGCAACAACAAUAAGUAUAUUCAAGCUUAUAUUCUUGACCAAUAGAAGGACAACAAUAGACAACAAAAGCCUACAAUUAGAGCAACAGAAAAAAGACUUUAUUAACUCAUCAAGAAGGGACAGAACAAAGCCACAAAAACUUGAGAAAAUGCAAAAUAUGGACAUGCAUUAUAGAAAUGAUGCGUGGGACAAAUUGUGUUCCUACAUGCCCAAGGAUUACUACUUGUAGACAAAAUGUAAUUUACAAGGUCAUACUGUUCCAGAAAGUUUGCUC